GUUGUAUACUCGCCUUAGAUACGACGACUCGCCAGCAGCCAGGACCAACACCACCACCAACACCAGCAGCCAUGUCGGGCAAGGCGAAGAGGAAGGUGAAGAUCAAGAGCGAUGUGAGCCUGCGCGACUACUUCCGCCAAAAUGUCGAGAAGAAGCUCAUCAAACAGAUGCCGGAGGAUGUGCUGAAGCAAACCACGCCGGCAACGGAGCUGCUUGAGAAGAAGAAAGAGUUGGCCGAGGUGGAAGAUGCAUUGGAGGCACAGAAGGAAGACUUUCGACUGCGCAUGGAAAGCCUGAAGCAGAGGCGAGCGGAGCUAGAGCGCAAGGAGUACCAGCUGCAGGAGAACCUGCUCAAGUUUGACCGGUUCCUGAAGGAGAACGACGCGCGACGCGAGCGUGCCGAGCGCAAGGCCCAGGAGGAGAGCGAGGUUGCUGAUCAGCGCGAGCACGAGAUUGCAUCGUUGACAGAGCAGCUGCACACGCUCAAGGACACAAAACAGCGACAAAAGGAGAUUAUCGCCCGCUACCAGAAGUUUGAGGACUUCCUCAAGCAGGUGCUCACCAAGUCGGGCGAGUUUGCAGAGAUCUCUGAACUCAUUGACCGGCACGCCACACUCAUCGCCACAAACAAGGAUCUGCGGGAGCGGGAGCGCGAGAACCAGGCGUUGAUGGACAAGCUGAAGCAGGAGGCGGCUGUGUUCCGCGAAGAAAACCGCGUCCACAUCCUCAAGUGCAACAACAAGCUGUCUGUGUUGCAAGUCGAGAAGGAGAAAGCACAAACAGAGAAGCUGUAUUGGGAAAACCAGUUUACUCAGGUGCAAAACGCGGCGUCAAAGCGAACACUCCUCCUCGGACAAAUCAAGCUGGCAACGAACAACCUGUUCAUGCUCAUCCAGAGGAAAGCAAAACUCAACACGACAGAGGCCACGCCCACACAGCAGCUCGAAAAAAUCCAGCACUACAUCCAGGAUCUGCAAGACAUCAUUGCAGAGUACGAGGAAGGCCUGUUGGAGGACUGAUGGUAUUGCUUGGUCAUCAUCAUCAUCACCAUCAGUGUGAUCGUGGUCGUUGGUGCUGGUGUUCAAGACGUGGCGUUGACGCGCGAUGUUGCUGGUAUUGGGGUAUUGCUGGUGUACACAUUCAGGUGGUGGUGGGAUGUGUGCGACACGUUGUGAUUUACGUUACAAUUCGCCUGUGCAGUCGAGUCGCGUCGUUUGUUUCGAUGUUUCGAUGUGGAUUAAACGCACCCCAACGACGCUGGUACAAC